UUAUUAUUUAAGCACACUCACUCUUCCUACCUACCCUCCUUUUUCACUACUUUUGUUGUCUUCUUCUUCUUCUUCUUCUUCUUCUCUGUCCAGAAUUAUGAAGAAAUACAAUUCAACACCAUACUAAUAAUUAGUAUCUGGUCUGAUCUGAUCUGCAUGGGGAGAAGGGCGUGCUGCGAGAAAGUGGGGCUCAGAAAAGGAAGAUGGACUGCGGAAGAAGAUCAAAUUCUGAGAACAUACGUUGAGGCCAACGGGGAAGGCUCCUGGAGAUCCCUCCCAAACAAUGCUGGGUUGCUUCGUUGUGGAAAGAGCUGCAGACUCCGAUGGAUCAACUAUCUGAAAUCUGAUCUCAAGAGGGGUAAGAUGACCCCUGAAGAAGACUACACCAUCGUCAACCUCCACGCCUCAUUCGGCAACAGGUGGUCUUUGAUUGCUGGAUACUUGCCCGGACGAACAGACAAUGAAAUCAAGAACUACUGGAAUUCUCAUCUCAGCAGAAAAAUCUACAGCUAUCCACGCCCCAACGGGCCCCAUUUCCUCACAAACACUACCCUGAUUAAUGUCCCGCCAAAGCCCCCCCGCCGACCCCCCACCUCAUUUAUUAACUCCGGCGCCGGCGCCGGCGUAGACAGUUGCAGCAGCAAUAAAUCUAGCGUCGACGAGGGGAGCAGUGGAUCGGCCGUGGUGAGUAGUAAUAAUUCCGACGACAGUAGUGUUCCUCCAUUAAUGAAAACGCCGGCGGCCGGAAAUAUCCCUGCAGGUCCGGCGAAAGAAGCUUUGACGUCCGCCGGAGAGAAGGAUGCAGAUUAUUUAUCGAGUGAUGAGGAUGAUUACUGGAGCUUGCCGCCGGUGAUUGGGUGGUCGCCGCCGUGGAAGUCGUGGGAAGAAGUGAUUCGGGAGGUCGGUGCGAAUUAUUACGGCGAGGAGGGAGGGCCGUGGGAUCAGAUGCAAGAAGAAGAGCCUCCGCCGUGUACGUGGCUUUGGGAUUUUGAGGAUGACCGCCGGAAAGUCGGGAACCGCCGCUUUACGGCGGCGGAUACUGCCAAUUAAGUGGCUUCUGCUGCUAGAUUCGUUCGAUUUGUUUCUAUUCAUAUGAAUGAAUUAGUUUAGUUAUUUUUAGAGUUGCCUCUGAUAUUCAGACAGCAUGAAACUUGUCGUUUGCAGGAUGUUGUCGGGACAGAGACGAUGGCUAUAUAUAGUCUUAUGGUUUGUUUGUU